AUGCCUGGCCUUCGUCUCCCUCACCGUGUCGCUGUCAUCACCGGUGGCGGCUCCGGCAUUGGCCGUGAGUGCGCUCUCCUCUUCGCCUCCGAGGGUGCCAACGUCGUUCUCGCCGACAUCAACCUCGAAGCAUGCCAAAAGACUGCUGACAUGGUCAACGAGCGCUUCAGCAAGGCUGAGCUCCCCGUCAAGGCCAUCGCGAUGAAGUGCGACGUCAGCAAGGAGGACGAGGUGGCCGCCAUCGUUCAGCGUGCCGUCGACGAGUUCGGUCGUCUCGAUGUCAUGUUCAACAACGCCGGUAUCAUGCACCCUGCCGACGACAACGCUCUCAACACCGAGGAAAAGAUCUGGGACCUCACUCAGGCUAUCAACGUCAAGGGCGUCUGGUAUGGCUGCAAGCACGCCAUCGUUGCCAUGCGCAAGAACCCGACCGACGACUCAAAGAACCUUCACGUUGGUGGCUCCAUCAUCAACACCGCCUCCUUCGUGGCUCUCAGGGGCGCAGCGACACCUCAGAUCGCCUACACCGCUUCCAAGGGAGCCGUUCUCGCCAUGUCGCGCGAACUCGCCAUGGUUCACGCUCGCGAAGGCAUCCGUGUCAACUCGCUCUGCCCCGGGCCCCUCCAGACACCGCUGCUCAUGGACUUCCUCAACACACCCGAGAAACUCAACCGUCGUCUCACUCACUUGCCCCUCGGUCGAUUCGGCGAGGCUGUCGAGCAAGCCAAGGCCGUCCUGUUCCUCGCUACCGACGAGUCCUCCUACAUUCUCGGCCACGAUCUUCUGGUCGACGGUGGCCUGUCCGCAGCUUACGUCACCGCCGAGGGCCAGCCCGUCCUGCCUCCUCCUAAGAGCCUUGUCUAG